AUGGUCGAAGAUCCAAUGUCGUCCACCCCGGAAAAGUCAGCUGAACCGGCGAUAGAGCUGCGUGAGACUGUCAACGAUGGCCAGCAAACCGUCAGUUCCAAGCCAUUCUGGCAGAGUCCUCUGUUCAUCGGCUCCUAUCUUGCCAUGUCCCUGGGAGUCACGGGUUAUUACACCGGUUUUGCCAUGCCGUCGAACACGCUGUCUAUCAUCAAUGCUGAUAUCGGGCCCAGUGCCGAUAUCACUUGGGUGUCGACUUGUUUCACGCUGACGGCGGCGAUAUCCUCCACCAUUGUCGGUCGCCUGUCUGACAUCUUUGGACGACGAUACUUUUUCGUGGCGGGCUCCAUGUUGGCCUUGAUUGGGAGCAUCGUGGCCAGCACAUCCCAGACCGUCAAUCAAUUGAUCGGGGCGACGGCACUGAUUGGUCUAGGCUCAGGCACGCAGUCGUCGUACGUCUACGUGAUUGCCGAGAUCGUGCCCUACAAGCACCGCGCCCUGAUGAUCGGACUGAUCAACAUCCUCACGGUGCCGGCCAGUGCGUUUGGCCCUCUCGUGGCACGGGCCUUUAUCCUGCACACGUCGGCGACAUGGCGGUGGAACUACUACUUUGCCAUCAUCCUGAACGGCUGCUCCACCAUCCUGUGGUUCACGUGCUACUUCCCGCCGCGGUUUGAGACCCUGCACCGCAACCGGUCGCGGUGGCAGCAACUGCUCAAGGUGGAUUUUAUCGGCAUGUUGCUCUUCUCGGGGGGCAUGUUGUUGUUUUUGCUGGGUAUCUCCUGGGGAGGGAACCAGUACGCGUGGAACUCGGCUCAUGUCAUUGCCACCAUCGUCGUCGGCGCUGUUAUGUUGAUUGCAUUCAUCCUCUUCGAGAUUUACUCUGGGAUUGACGAGCCGUUCAUCCCCUUGUCAAGCUUCAAGAAUAUCCAAUUCGACGUCAUCGUCCUGUUGUCGGUCGUGGGAGGGAUGGUGUACUACUCGAGUGCAGUGAUCUACCCAACACUCAUCCAGAUAUUCUACACAACAGACAUCUUCCGCGUCGGCGUCCUCACCUGCGCCCCCACGGCAGGGACCUGCUUCGGCCUGUUCGCAGGAGGUCUGGUGUGCGAAAAGAUCGGCCAUCUCAAGAUGCAGUAUAUCUUCUCCGCGUGUGCCUUGACGGCUUUCACGGCAGGACUUGCAGCCGCGAACGCCAGUAAUCAAGAUCUCGCAACGGCCUUUGGCGUCCUCGGAGGCUUCUUCGUCGGCUACCUCGAGCUCCUCACCGAAAGCACGUCGACAAUUGUGCUGAGCGACCAGAUGCUGCUCGGCUCGUCGAUAGGAGUCUUGAACACGCUGAGAACCGCGAGCGGGACGAUCGCCACUACCAUCUACGUGUCCAUCUUGACCAACACGGUCUCCGCGAAGAUGACAUCAGUGUUCGUCCCCGCGGUUGUGCGAGCAGGUCUCCCCACCAACAUGGUCGAGCGGUUCGUCGCCGCCUUCACCAGCGGGUCCGAGACGGCGAUCGCCAAUUUUCCCGGCGUCACGCCCGAGCUCCUCCGCACCGCGACGACGGCGUACCAGGCCUGCUACUCGGCCGGGUUCCGGAAGGUCUUUCUGACCAGCAUCGCCUUUGGGGGCUGCGCCAUCGUCGCGUCCCUGCUGUACAGGGACAUCAAGCCCGAGGUCAUGGAGCGUGGAGUCGUCGUCCACCUGCAGCGUCCUACCCGGGAAGAAACGGUGAUUGUGCAGGGAGCACCCGACAAGGAGGAAUGA